AUGCUCCUUCGUCGAGUUUUAUCUGCACCCAGAGAAUGUGCACUGCUCAGGGCUUCUGUCCGCCGAAAUAUAUAUACAACACCACCUUUCAAUAGUGCCCAUAAUACUUUCCUGGGUCGCAAUGCCCUCCACUCGUCAAAUAGGAAACUUGAACAAGAGACAAUAUCUCCAAACCCAGGAAAACCUGCUGCACAGCAAGCAAAACUAGAGCCAUCUAGAGGGAAAAGAACAUCACGGUCCCCGGCUGGGAAAACUUCGCUACGACGUGCAGCAGUUGAGGCACAGAUAUCCAAAGAUGUCAGGCGACUUCCCGUAUCUCCGGAGAUGCCCUCACCGGAGCCAAAGGUUGUUACCGCAUACGCCGUUGCCGAACGCUUUGAUAUUGCCAAAGUUAUGGAAAUACUUCUAGCAAAAGGAUACGAGCCCGAUCCCCUCGAAACUGGUCUUUACCCUCAAGUAGUUCAUAUUCAAGUUCCACUUGAUUCGAUCCGGCGAACCACUAGCUUAGCCUCGUCAGAUCUGCCUUCAGAUGAGGUGGGCGAUGUGUUUGUGUUUCCUUCGGGAACAGUUGUCUCAUGGUCACUUCCUGAGACAUUUGCAUCAUACCUAGCAACCACUGUGUUAUUACCAGCCGCCGAAAACCCGCACAUCGAACGGAUGGAGACGGAAGACCUGGACUACAUUGAAGACCCCCAGCGAGACAGUAGUUUGAUGAAAGGCGACGUUAUCAUUCUAGGGACCAACCCUGUCCCUGAGGACCAAAAAACCCAAGAUAUCCGACAUCCAAACCGAACCACGGUCGAUACAGUACUCACAAAGAUUGCCUUUUCCUCAGGUUUAGCCCGGAGUACUAAGCUGGCUGUAUUGGAAAGUCUUCUACUGAACUAUUUUGAUUCCACACGCAAUAUACCCACGCAACUCUCAAAGGGAUCUCGAUUACCCUACACACGCAGUUUUAUACUGCGCAAAACUGGCCAAUUACUCAGCCUCAGAGCACAAUUGAACCUUUACUCAGAGUUAACAGACUCUCUUCCAGAUAUUUUCUGGGAUAGCAGACACGAGCUUGGGUUGGAAGGGAAUUAUGACCAAGUCGGAAAAGCUCUGGAUGUUGGCAUCCGCAUCAAGGUGUUAAAUGAGAAAAUGGAUUACGCGCAAGAGAUUGCAAGUGUCUUACGUGAACGUUUGAGUGAAACUCACGGACUCCGAUUGGAGUGGACCAUUAUUCUCUUGAUUGCGGUUGAGGUUUGCUUUGAAGUUCUAAGACUCUGGAAAGAGAGAAAGCAGGAGCUAGCUGCUGCUGUGAAAGAGAAUAGAGAAAACCCUGCCGAUGAAAAAACCUCCACGUCAUAA